ACAUCUUCGGGUGUGAGGAAGAUUAAUAGAGGUCGAAUUGAGUGUGGAAUGGAUCAUAUGAAAAUGAAAGCUAUUUGUGGGUGCAUAGUUUUCCUUGUUUUGCUGCAGGUGAUGAUGAUGAUGAUGAUGAUGAUGAUGAUGAUGAACACAAUGCCAGUCGCUGCUGCUGCUGCUGCUGCUGCUGGAGAAUACAAUGGUUCUGAUUGUAUUAAUGCAAGAAAUGAGAAUUGGUUGCUGGCAUCUGAAGCAGAUCCACCGCCGGUGGGUGUAAAACCAGCUCUUGACGCAAACAGACCAGUUUGUGGUGGUCCAAAUGGCCUCCCAUGUACAAAAAAAGCCAAUCCAGGGGCCGGAAGAGGCUGCAAAAUGUACUAUGGGUGCUCAACCUGAUCAUGAGGCUCAUGACAACUGUGAGAUAUAUACUAGCUACUACAAGGAAAUCAAUUUUCUUGUCUCAUGACAUGGCUUAAGGUGAUCAAUAUUGUAUGCAUGUAAUGUAAUGUAAUGUAUUGUAUGUUUUUAUUUCGUAUUUCAACAGCUGUAUGUAU